AUGUAUCCAAGCAAGGAGAGUCUAGAAGGACGGCAAGACAAGGUCCUCGCUACAUUCAAUGCCUUCCUGUCUCUAACAACGCCAAACACGGCUGGUGAUGCGUCUUUGAUCCAAGAAAAGGAAUCUUCUCUAGAUGCUCUACUAUCGCUGCUGAAUCCGGAAUCUGGAUCUGCAAAGAACUGGUCUGAUGCAUUAAUAUGCAAAGCAUUUGAAUGUAUCAAAGUCAUGGGUCGUGAAAAGGACGGUUCAGAUCCACUCUACACUGAUCAAGGAAUCAAAACACUCUCGUAUCACGCUGGUCUAGUCUCCACGUCGACAGUACCAGUAGACUCGCAACGGUCAUUAGAAGCUAUGAGGUGUCUAGCAAACAUCCUCCUACUGGAACCCGAAACAAGGUUACCAUUCACGCUGGUCGCGGGCGUGUCUUCUCUUGCCAAACACAUUCAAAAUCCUAAUCUAUCACUAGACUGUCAGUUCUUGACAUACAGGCUCAUAUUCCUAGUCACCGCAAACAAUGUAGAACAAUGUAAUGAUUUGAUUGCCUUCCCAAAAAUGGCUACUAUUGCUCUAGAUCAUGUCAAACCACUUGUAGCAAAAGCAGUGUCAGCUACAUUAACACCUGGCGAUAAACACAUGAUGGUGUUGGGUGAAAUAUUUAAAGUAGUGUUUAAUAUUGUCUCGGCUUUCGAAACUGCUGAAGAUCCAGCUCAGAAGCCUAUAGUUCAGAGGACAACACAGGAUCAGAUUGAUGCCUUCCAGACGCUCGUAUACUACGUAGCACAGUACGUAAAAGCCAUUAAGAUCCCAUCGCCACCAUUAUCACCUCCUCUAACAACGGCCAUUCAUGCACUCAUGAAUGUGACUUCCCUCUUCUGGAAGGAAGCAUACUUUGCCUCUAAAGACUAUAGUGUACUCAUAAGAGUCCUGGAUUUGCUCGAACACACAUUAGCGUUACAGAUGCUUGUAAAGGGUGAAGGUGAAGGCGAUGAGAAUCCAGGAUGGGAGACGGAUUUACCACCUGUAUUUAUACUGCUGACGAGGAUGACUAGAGCGGAAGAGGGUGCUAGGAAGAUGAUUAGAGGACGGCUGACUCCAGAGUCCAUCGAUCGCAAAAAGCAUCUAAAUGAAGGACAUUCAAUAACAAAUUACAUGAUUCGUUUCAUGACUUCAAUAACACUACCGCAUGUUCGAGAGACAGCAUGCGAAUUGCUCUUUGCUAGUUUUAAUGAGAGUCCACAAGACCUGGUAGCAUACACAGGCCUAGGCCACGCAGCAGGUUUCCUAGUCCAACGCGGUCUCAUGCCCUCAACUCUCCCAUCAACAUCUGCAUCCUCAUCGUCAGAUACAAUGGAAGUCGAUCCCGUAACAGGUGAAAUAAAACGUGAUGAGGAUGCCGAAGAGGCAUGGAAUAACAUGACGGAUGAAGAGAGGGAACAGGAAGCUGAAAAGAUGUUUAUGUUGUUUGAUAAAUUGAACAAGACGGGGAUUAUACAAGUGCUUCCUCAGCAAGGUGGGAACGGACGAGGUGUGGCGAGAGCGCUGGAGAAGGGGGAUUGA